AUGGAAUCGCCCAAACUUGCACGGCGCCGCAUCGGAGAUAAACACCCCUUCUCCACUGGAGAUUCUUCUAUAGAGAGAUCAAUCGGCGAACCGAGAUCUCAUCCGUCUCAACACAUCAUCCACUCCGAGAUACCUUCCGUAACAACAGAAGCUUCUUUUUUCUCAUGUCAACGUUAUUGUCAUCGGAGAGCUUCAUCACCACAGCUUAAGAAACCUCCACUUCCCGGAAUCGACUCUUGGACUUACAAACCGCCUUUCCCUCGCCGAAACCCUCUCCACAACCGCGUCUUUACUCCAGACACCGAGCCUCCGCGAGCGGUGGAUACUGGACCAGAGCUCAGACAAGGCGAUACGUGA